GCCGGGCCAGCGAGGAGGGUGGUGUCGCUCGCGCGUUCGUGUCCCUUCGCGUCCCGCCGUUACGUGCAUAUACGUACUAGUCGCACGCGUGUACGCGCGUGAGGACGCGGGACGCGCGUUGUGCCGCAGUUACCGCAGCGAUACCCGCGAGUGGGAACGACGAUAAGGAGCAGCGAACGAGCAUCCGUUGGCCCCGUCAUUGUCCGUGCGGGGAAGCGAGUGUCGGAUCCGAUAGUCGGGCCUUGCCACCAUCGGACCAGAAGACGUUCAUUCAGAUAGACGUCAAGCCGGUGGAUACCGUCGGCAGUGGAUCAACGCGCUGGAGUCUGUUGCUCACCCGUUGCCACGUACGUUGAAGCCGACGAUUCAUCAAGCACGACUUCCAAGCGGCCCGUGAACUCUCCCGGGUAACGUUCGUCUGCGGAGAUCCGGGGUGAACCGCGUCAGGAUUUAAGAGCGACGUUAUUUGCCGAGGGUCUCAUCGAAGAAGAAGACGCACGGUUGGAGUUGUCGCCACGGUCGUCUUAAAUUGCGAGAAAUGGAGCGACCCUCGCGGAUUAUCAGCCUCGAGCACCUCGGACUUUGGUAGAGGCUAAUCCGCGCGUCCUCGGAGACAACCCGGGAUUAUCCUCGGCGGCGCUAUCGUCCAGCCGCGCGGCGGAACGGAUGUGCAGACGAUCGAAACGGGAGAAUGCCCGGCUGGUCGCGCUGGACAUGGGAUAGGUGAUGAUACCGCGCGUGAUGUCAACGACGGGGCGGUAGAUCGGGAGCGAACGAACGCAAGAUGGAUUGGACACCUCGGAUCAGCUAGCCAGGAACGACGAAGGCAGUUGUGCGGUCGCCAGCCAAUCGCCAACGGGACUAAAGAGUUUCCGUUCCGUGAGCAGCAUAUCUCUCUUUCUUCGAUCGGAUCUUCGUGUUUCCUGAAAGACUGUCCGUGUUCGCCCAGUUUUUCUUGCGGAAGACGUUCUGUGCUGCCUAAUCUACGUGAGGGAAAUGACAUGUGCGUAGCAACGGAAAUAGGUCGAUGAAUCUGUGUAAAUUGGGACGCAUCGAUUUCCUCCCGCAAGAUCGAUGACGACAAUGAUGCGAACGCCAGCCGACAUAGUGCGAUAAAGUGAUUGAUUCGUGUUGCGGACGCGUAAUAGACUUGGUGAUGCAAAGUGAGGUCAGUGUUAUUACUGCAUGAAGACGUAAGAGGACAGAAUGGGUUGUGGACAGAGCAAGAUUGGCAACAUCUAUCCAAAGAACAAAAAGAACAAGAACAAUAGUGCGAAGAAAAACGCUGACUCUAUUCGUAGCGCAUCGUCCGUAGAGCAGAAAAACGGAAAUGGCAACGUCAAGGGCAACAAGACGAAUAACAACGGUGUCGAGGUGAACAGAAACGAGGACCAGAAUGGCGACGUCGAUGCCAAGGGACAAGCAAAGAAGAAAUCGACCGCGCCUGGAGGAGGACCUCUAUUACAACAAGCAGAGAUAUCCACUAGCCAGCUGGAUUUCUUCAAAAUGCUUGACGAGAAAAUCGAGAAUGGUCCAGAUUAUGACGAGAGUCUCGAUACGACCAAUCGUGCUGAGCGGGUGUCCAGCUUACUGCGUCGUUGGGAGCUGGCCAGUGUGACCUGGUCCAGCGUCUCCGAUUUGAACAAUACAUCGUCGCUGUCUAGUCAGAAAGGCCGCGCUUCAGUUCUGAGCAGUUCUCGGCAGAGUCUCAGUGCUAAGGAUCGCGAGGGCAUGAGAAAUAUAAUAGGCGGCAGACCGGAAAGUGCGCCGAUCUUCGUGCGUAACCGGGUAGACGGAUUGCAGGACAGUCACCAUUGUCCGUCACCGACUAUGAUGCGGCGGCAUGCGCUCGAAUCUAUCACGCAGAGCCCAACACAGAGUGUGAAAACGACCACCCCGCCAAGCUGUACGUCGCCGAUCGGGUCGCGCUACGUUCACGACAGUUACGGCAAGGAAUGUUCGGCUGUAACUGAACAGCAGCAGCAGCCGAAGAAGUGUCACUACGUCGGCCAGAAUCCAAUGAACGGCGAAUAUGUGGCGCAGCAGGCGCUCUACCGCGAGCAGUACCUCCAGCAGACCGGCAUAAUCACCAUGGGGCCUCCGUAUUCACCUGGCUCAGCCGGUGGCAAUGUGCUCAGGAACAAUCCGUACGUUCAGCACUUUCAGAUCGCCGCGAAUCCCCAGCACUUUGCUACGCCUGCGAGAAGACGAGGCUUUAAUACCGUGCAGAUGACGUGACCAGAGUGGGAGCAGCGAUCGACGAGAUAAGACUGAACUCCGUGGAGAGAGCCGAGAGACGAAGCUGACCCUGACGAGGAUGGUCGGCGCGUUGAAGGGAAUAGUAGAGAGCUUCCUGAUCUGACUCAUAGAACAGAAAGAAAAGAGAGAAAGAGAGAGAAGAGGGAAAGAAGACGAAAGGGAAGGCUGGAAGAAUAAUAAGGAUAGUGACUGCAGUGUGAAUUGUACUCUGUGUUCCUUAAAGCUCUCGACACUUUCUUUCGAUAUCAAGUUCGACAAAAUUCAAAAAGCCGGAAGCGCACACACGGUGGACGAAGGCCUAAGCGUGUGUCGCCUGACGGUCGACGAGGGAACGAAGGUGGUAGCGCGAUGGACUCGCGUGCACGGAAUACGAAGUUUUCGCUACAAGUGCCAAAAAAUAUCACGCGAAUUCGAUUCGAGUCGACGCGAAUGAAAAAGAUCUUUGCUAUCCGCCUGAUGAAGCAGUGCUCCGUUUCUCCGCAUGAUCGUCUGGAGGAAACGAUUCUCGAUGUACGUAGGAUACAACACCAUACGAUUUCCCUUUUCUCUUCAGAUCGGUGACGUUGCGUCCACGUCUCCACCAGCGUGGACACGGAAGCGUGCGCGAAUUCUGUCGUCUGUAACAUUUUGUAAUAAUAAUUAUAUUACGGAGGGUUUGGGAAACAUAUAUGCAUAUAUGUACGUAUGUAUGUAUGUAUGUGUGUAUGUAUGUAUGUAUGUAUGAAAGUAUGAAAGACAUAUCUAAAGACGAACAAAAUAAGAGACCGAGAUGAAAGAUUCUUAAUUGUACAACCAUGUAUAGAUUCGCUAAAUGUACAUUGUACGGAUACAUCUAACUUAAUGUGAUGACUGUAUAUUUAUAUGUUGAUCAUGUUUAAAGUUAAACGAUAUAUAUAUAUGACAUAGUUGAUGAUGAGAGUUUUAUAUUUCAUGUUACGAUUACGCUCUAUAUACACUAUGGGAUAUAUACAUAAUCAAACUUGCUGCAUCACUCUCGAACUGUCGAUCUAAACUUUUCGUUCUGUUGAACAAUCCUCUUUUUUUACAAAUAAAUUCACACUUUCUCCCUAA